GUGGGCUUCGUUUGGCCGAACAAUACUACGGCUCUCUGUUUCCCUCGCCGUCUGAAUUCUCUCUUCCGCUGCACUGGAACCCUCCUCCGCCGAAUAAUGUUCGGAGUUCGUCGUUCCCUGGGGGUUGUCUCCAAUGAUCUUCUUCAUCGCUUCCGAUCAUUAUCAAUCGAGUCGAUUCACAUAAAAGCGGGUAUGGAGAUUCCCGAUAACAAGCCGCUCAAAUAUGCGCUUCAGUACAUUAAUGGAAUUGGCCGAUCGAGAGCGCCGCAAGUCCUUGCUGAGCUCCACUUGGAGAAUAAGCUUGCCAAGGAUUUGACUAAACGAGAGAUUGUUGUUCUUGCGGACGAAAUUUCUAAGUACAUGGUCGGACAUGAGUUGAAAAAGUGUGUUAAGAAGGACAUCGAUAGAUUGCAGGCAAUUCAGUGCCACAGAGGGAUUAGGCAUGGUGAAGGAUUGCCAUGUCGAGGCCAACGAACAAAGACCAACGCUAGGACUAUGAAGUCGAAGCAGAUCGGUUCUGAAAAGAAGAAAGCUUCUCGUUGAAAAUGGUUCUGCAAUUCCUUCUCUUUUUUACAUUUGUAAAGCUUCAUUUGCACUUGAUACAUCACAUUUAGAAACGUAUAUACAUCACAUCACAUGAACUAGUUAUUAACAAAUGGGUCUGGAAUUCCUCCUCUUUAGAAACGUUUAAAUGCCUCAAAUUUGCAUUUCUACUGGUUUAAUUGCUUAAACUCUUCGUAAUUUGUUCACUUCUC